AUGGAUUACACUAGCAUGCCGAGCUGUGGUCUUGAAUGCCUCGUCGCCUCCCUCUCACAGUCAGCCUGCUCGUCGACCAACGAGACGUGCCUUUGCCUGGACAAAGGAUUCAAUAAUGUCGUAGAGUCUUGUGUGGCAGGCAACUGCACCAUCAGAGAGUCACUAACUAUCAAAAACAUCACUGCGACCACCUGCGGCCUCCCUGUCCGAAAUCAAACCGUCACUAUCAAUGUUCUACGAUAUGUGCUGUUUCUCCUAGGACUGUUCUUCUUCGCUAUGAGGUUAGCAUCUAGGGCCAUGCGGUUAGCUCCUUGGGGCCACGACGAUACGACAAUUGUGAUAUCGGGGCUCCUUGCUGCCGGCUGGCUGGCCGGAAGCAUCCUCGAAGAACGCUACGGCCUGGGCAGGGACCUUUGGACCCUUGAGCCCUGGCGGAUCUCGGAAUUCCUCAAGGUCUUCUUUGUCUUUGAGGUGCUUUACACCCUGACCCUCGGACUGAUCAAGACGUCGAUCUUGUUCCUGUACCUACGGCUCUUCCCGGAGCCGAAGUUCCGCCGCAUCGUGUGGGCUACGCAAGCCUUCAACUUUCUUAUGGUCGGAAGCUUCAUCAUGGCAGACUUUUUCCAGUGCCAGCCUAUAAGCUACUUCUGGGAGUCGUGGGACGGCGAGCACAGCGGCCACUGCUUCAACAUUAACGCCCUCGCGUGGGCCCAUUCGGCACUGAACAUCGCCUUGGAUUUCUGGAUGCUUUACCUGCCUGCGACUCAGAUAUGGUCUCUACAAAUGAAGCUGAAGAAGAAGCUGGGGGUAAUUUUGAUGUUUGGAAUUGGAAUCUUCUUGACAUUGACGAGCAUCAUACGCAUACAAACCUUGGUCAGCUUCGCAAAUACAAAGAAUCCCACGAGAGGAUUCUUCGCGACCGUCACAUGGUCAUACAUAGAGAUAACUGUCGGCGUCAUGGUAGCAUGCCUGCCAGGGGCUCGCCUCUUCGUGGCCAGAUAUGUCAGCGUCCUCCACACAACAAAUUCCAAGGCCAGCAAAAGCCUCAGCCGGUCAGGCAACUGCAUUCGCCUCAGCCAGAGCGGCGAGAACGACGGCAUUGAGCCUCUCCGGGCCAAAUCGGGAAGUGGCCCGGGCAUGAGUUUAGAUGGUGGCCAGCGAUGCUCGGUUAAGCUGCCGCCCAACUGCGCUCGUCUGCCAUCCUCGUCGGAAUCUACAGGAGAAGACCAGGACUCUCAACUGGAGUUGAUCAUCAUGACAUUGGAGGGCGAUCGGAAAAGGGAUGACGAGGACCAUCCGCAAUAG